AUGGAGACCGUUGUCCCGGAGGGCCGUGGAGCAGGGGACGCCCCCCAGUCGCCACCCGAAGCCAGGGUGCACUUCCGAGUGACCAGGUUCAUCAUGGAGGCAGGUAUCCAACUUGGGAUGCGCUCCAUUCCCAUUGCCACUGCCUGUACCAUUUACCACAAGUUCUUCGGUGAGACCCAUGUUGAGGCCUAUGACCCCUACUUGGUUGCCAUGUCUUCCCUUUACCUGGCUGGCAAAGUGGAGGAGCAGCACCUGCGUAUCCGGGACAUCAUCAACGUUUCCAACAGGUACUUCCACCCGGGGAGUGAACCCCUGGAACUGGAUGCCCGCUUCUGGGAGAUGCGAGACAGCAUCGUGCAGUGUGAGCUCCUGGUGCUGCGAGUCCUGCGUUUCCAGGUUUCCUUCCAGCACCCCCACAAGUAUUUACUCCACUACCUGCUUUCUCUCAAGAACUGGCUGAACCGUUAUGGCUGGCAGCGGACCCCCAUCUCCAUCACAGCUUGGGCACUGUUACGGGACAGUUACCAUGGGGGACUAUGCCUCCGCUUCCGAGCUCAGCACAUAGCCGUGGCAGUGCUCUACCUGGCAUUGCAGGCCUAUGGUGUGGAAGUACCUGCUGAGGCUGAGGCUGAGAAGCCCUGGUGGCAGGCCUUUAGUGACGACAUAACCAAGCCAAUCAUUGAUAACAUUGUGUCUGAUCUUAUUCAGAUUUAUACCUUGGACACAGAGAUUCCCUAAGGCUCUGGCUAGGCCUGCCCAGAGAGGAGCCCUUGUCACCUG